UUAGAUAGUUUAAGCCAAAAAGUGUAUAGUUUAGAGGCUUUUGGGGAUUGCCUAGCCAAAUUAGAAAAAUAUGAUAAAAAAAGGUCGCCGGCUUCGGUUUCUUUCCGUUACAUGGUCGAAACAAUUAAAGCCUUUUUGGAUGGUCAAAAAUAUGGUGAAUUUCAAGCGAAAGCUAAAAAAGAAUUAGAAGAGAAGUUAAAGAAUAGCAAAAAUGACCAAGCCAAGGAAAAGAAAGAAAUUGUCGAAAAACUAAGGGAUAAUAAUUCCGACAUCCAAAUUAAUGAAGAAAAUAUUAAGCGAUAUCGUUU